CUCUGCUUUCAUAAACAGUUUGGACCAACCAAUUCCACCCUCUCUAUAUAUAACCUAAACAAUUCUCUCACUCAUUUUUUUUAACACAAAUCUUGCAGAAAAACCCGUUUCACCAUUCCUUCCUAAUUCUCCCCGUCGCCGCCACUCCCACCACCACCACCACCACCACCUCCAUGUAGAAUGCAUACACCAUGACUAGCAUCGUGAAGGAGAUCUUGGCAAGGCCAAUACAAAUGGCUGACCAAGUUUCUAAAUUUGCCGAGGAGGCACAAAAUUUCAAACAAGAAUGUCUAGAACUUAAAACAAAAACAGAAAAACUCGCAGGUCUUCUCCGACAAGCCGCAAGAAACAGCAACGACCUCUACGAACGUCCAACAAGACGCAUCAUCGACGACACCGAACAAGUACUCGACAAAGCCCUCGGACUAGUCAUCAAAUGUCGUGUCAACGGUCUCGUUAAACGUCUCUUCACAAUCAUCCCCGCCACCGCAUUCCGCAAAACAUCUAUGCAACUCGAGAAUUCUCUUGGUGAUGUUCAAUGGUUAUUAAGAGUUUCAGCUUCCGCUGAAGAACGUGAUGAUGAAUAUCUUGGUCUUCCUCCUAUUGCUGCUAAUGAACCUAUUCUCUGUCUCAUUUGGGAACAAGUCGCUAUUUUGCUCUCUGGUUGUUCUAUUGAAGAACGUUCUGAUGCUGCAGCUUCAUUGGUUUCAUUAGCACGUGACAAUGAUCGUUAUGGUAAACUAAUUCUCGAAGAAGGUGGUGUUCCUCCUCUUCUUAAACUUCUUAAAGAAGGUAGAUUGGAUGGUCAGGAAAACGCUGCUAGAGCUAUUGGAUUACUUGGUAGAGACCCUGAAAGCGUUGAACACAUUGUUAAUUGUGGUGUUUGUUCUGGUUUUGCUAAAGUUCUUAAAGAAGGUCACAUGAAAGUUCAAAUUGUUGUCGCUUGGGCUAUUUCAGAACUUGCUGCUCAUCAUCCUAAAUGUCAAGAUCAUUUUGCGCAAAACAAUGCUAUUCGUUUACUUGUUAGCCAUCUUGCUUUUGAAACCAUUCAAGAACAUAGUAAGUACACUAUUCCAAAUAAACAAAACAUGUCUUCUAUUCAUUCUAUUUUAAUGGCUACUAACAACGACAACAACAAUAGUCUUCUUGAUGGUAACAACAACAAAGGUAUUCAUGAAGAUGAUUAUAAUAUUAAUAACAAGGUUGCUGUUGCUCAUCCUGGUAGUCAAACAUCUUCACAAAUGCAUAAUGUCAUUGCUAACACACUUGCUAUUAAGGGAAAUAAUAAGGAUUCUAAAGAAGACAACAAUGCAAUUGUAAAGCACAACAACAAUAAUGUGAAUUCGAAUUCCCAUACCGCAAAUGUAUCCAUAGCUGGGACAAGUAUCAAAGGUAGAGAAUAUGAAGAUUCUGGUACAAAGGCACAAAUGAAAGCAAUGGCUGCUAGAGCUUUAUGGCAAUUAUGUAGAGGAAAUGUUACUAUUUGUCAUACGAUUACAGAAUCAAGAGCUCUUUUAUGCUUUGCGGUUUUGUUAGAAAAGGGUACUGAUGAUGUACAACAUUAUUCUGCAAUGGCUUUAAUGGAAAUAACAUCUGUAGCUGAAGAACAUGCAGAAUUGAGACGAUCAGCUUUCAAACCAACUUCACCUGCUGCAAAAGCUGUGGUGGAACAGUUUCUUAAAGUUAUCGAAAAAGGCGAUUCCGACGAUUUGCUCAUACCUUGUGUUAAAGCUGUUGGUAACUUAGCAAGGACAUUUAGAGCAACUGAAACAAGAUUCAUUGGACCAUUGGUUAAGCUUCUUGAUGAAAGAGAACCACAUAUUUCAAUGGAAGCAGCAAAUGCAUUGAUUAAAUUUGCAGAAACUGAUAACUAUCUACAUGAGACUCAUUGUAAUGCUAUUAUAGAAGCAGGUGGUGCUAAGCACUUAAUUCAACUAGUUUACUUUGGAGAACAAAUGGUGCAAAUCCCUUCUUUACUUCUUUUGUGUUUUGUAUCCUUGCAUGUUCCUAAAAAUGAGACUCUUGGACAAGAGGAGGUGUUAAUAGUACUUGAGUGGUGCACAAAGCAAGGACAUUUAAUGGCUGUAUCAAGGAUUGAAGCAAUUUUACCAGAAGCCAAAAGUAGGUUGGAACUUUAUCAAUCAAGAGGUACCAGAGGAUUCCAUUGAUUUAAUUAUAUACUGUUUUUUAUGAGUACAAAGUUUAGAUGAGUUGAAUUUCCGAACUCAUCGAUGUUAGGACAGACUUGAAAGCUUAUAGAACUUUAAGUAAUGGCAGAGGUAUUUGUAGAUUAUCCAUCAAAGAAAUCCCAACGAUCGGAUUAAGAGUUAAACUCGUGUCUUUAUGAGAUGAGUAACCAACUUAAUAUAUCUUCAGAAUAGUAGAAAAAAUCAUGACAUUAACACCCCAUUUUCCCUUUUUUAUUCUCCCUUUUAUUGGGGGGGUUUGUUUGUGUAGUGUGUAUAGAUUAAAUAUAAUAUACUGAAUCAGCAAAUAUAAUAUACAAUUUACUUUGUCUUUUUUGUAU